CCUACUGGGUUAUACAUCUUAAUUCUGGAUGCAUGCUAUUCAACAUACUAACCUACCCCAAAAAUCUUCUGCAGUUGCAGUCUGACCGUUCACAUAGUCAUCAACGAAGUGUUCCUGAACACCGUGUUCCUCUGUGCACCUCAUGAAGCCCCCCAUGACAUUUGACUGGCACUGGCUUGGAGGUGUCAGUCCAAUACGAGUUAAGACAAGUCAGCCAGAGAGAGUCAGGGGGAGACCGGAAGCCUAGCAGGCUGGCUUUCACAACUAAAGCAGGUUCUGUUACGUUUGCACCUUGUGAAGAUUUAGUUGAAAAUCAAAUACUUUAUGGGUUAUUCCAGUACGUUUUACUCUGAGCAAUGGCCAGUUGAAUGGUGACAACUAUUGUGUUUCAUUGCUGAUCUUUACUCACUGUGACAGAAUAAGAAACUCAUCUCCCCCACUAUUACGGGCACUAGAUGCGUUUGACCCCCUCCUAUCACCCAGAACUCACCGAGCAACUGCAGUGGAUACUGAUGUUAAAAGGAUGUCUGUGCAUGUCUUACGCUUGACAUUCAAAAAUCGUUUUAUCCUGGAAAUCUUUACCGGAAGUUCUGUUUUUAUUCUGCCAAGCUUGACAGCGGUGGUAAAGCUUGACUGGGCAACCUCAGACAGGUGGAGGAGGUGUCCUUAAGCCGCCGAGCUGCACCGUGGUUGCACCUGAUCGGGCAGGACUGGGCUGGGCUGCUGGAUGAGCAGCGGUGCACGCUGUGCAUGCUUGGUGCGCGGAUCCUCCUGCAGCUGCUUGAUUCACAGUAUGACACCCGCUCCAAAACGUGGUUUGGCUGAUUCUUCCCAUCCUGAGCCUUCGCACACAUGCUGGACGCUUAAAUUGGACACGAGGAGGACGAGGGAUGUAGUUGCAGUGGAUUAAUGAGAAAUGCACAUGGACUUGGAUUUUUUUCCUGAGGUUAUCGGCUUCGAAUAUCUAUCACCCUGCCUUGGCCAUGGAGAACCCAGCAUCUGAGCCGCAGAACUAUGAAGAUGUACAGAAAAGCGGGUACCUCCGCAAGCAUAAAUCAAUGCACCGGCGAUUCUUCGUGCUCAGGGCGGCCUCGGAGCAUGGUCCUGCUCGACUUGAGUAUUAUGAGAACGAGAAGAAAUUCCGCAGUAAAUCACCUGUGCCCAAAAAAGUCCUGAACCUGGAGACGUGCUUCAACAUCAACAAGCGGGCAGAUUCCAAGAACAAGCACAUGAUAGUCCUUUAUACCCGCAGCGAGAGCUUUGCCAUCGCUGCAGACAGCGAGGAGGUCCAAAAUGAGUGGUACCAGGCAAUGCUGGACCUUCAGUGCAACUGUAAAACACCUGAAGACUAUGGCAGCAGUGGAGAGUGUAGCUCUCCGUCUCCUGUUCCAACCUUCAAAGAAGUAUGGCAGGUCAAGGUUUGGCCUAAAGGUCUUGGACAUGCCAGGAACUUAGUGGGAAUCUACAGGCUGUGCCUAACUGACAAAACAGUCAACUUUGUCAAACUCAACUCUGAUGUGGCCGCUGUGGUGUUGCAGCUGAUGAAUGUUCGCAGGUGUGGCCAUUCAGAGAAUUUUUUCUUUAUUGAGGUGGGUCGGUCAGCGAUUACUGGCCCUGGGGAGUUCUGGAUGCAAGUGGAUGACUCUGUAGUGGCCCAGAACAUGCACGAGACCCUGUUGGAGGCCAUGAAAGCCUUAAGUGAGGAGUUCCGUCAGCGCAGUAAAUCUCAGUCUGUGGGAACAUCAUGCGGCGGUGGUACCGCUUCAAACCCCAUAAGUGUGCCGAGCCGUCGUCAUCAUCCAAAUCUGCCACCGAGCCAGGUGGGCUUCUCCAGACGAGCCCGCACAGAGACCCCUGGAACAGGAAGUGGCAGCACGAGCACCUCACCAACAUCACGCCACGGGUUUCCAAGGGCACGAACAGCCAGCAUCGGGGCCAGGUCGGAGGAGGGCGGAGCAAGUGCCAAAGGGACAUGGGCGAGUUCUAGCCCAAGUCUUAAUGGAGGAUCCUGCUCAACUACACCAACACUAAGGCCCAAGCCCACCAGGGCCCCGACCCCGGCUAAGAUUACCCUCAGCCUUGCACGUUACACACCGAACCCUGCUCCCUCUCCUGCACCAAGUCUGUCCUCCAGCUCUGGCCAUGGCUCAGAGUGUGGCCUAGUGGGGGCAGCAGUGGGAGGCAUGACGGUCUGCUCCUACCCUCGGGUUUCUCAGAGAGUUUCUGUUUCAGGUUCGCCAAGUGACUAUGGCUCCUCAGAUGAGUAUGGUUCCAGCCCUGGGGAACACUCUCUGCUUGUACCCAGUCUCUCUGGACAUCAUGUACAUGGAGAAGGCUCAUCCAGCUAUAUAAUCAUGGGACAGCGAGAAGGUCUCCUUGGUUCCCAUCAUCGCUCCAAAGGCCGUCGAAUUCUGCGGCGCUCAUCCAGUCGGGAAUCUGAGGCAGAACGCAGAUUACUGAGUAAGAGGUCUUCCUUGCCUUUGGCAGCACAUGACCGGCUGGCCCCACAUAGAAAAGAUGAAGAUGAUGAAGAUGAUGAAGAAUAUACUAUCAUGUCACAAACUGCUAACAGACAAAGAGCUGAUUUGCACUGUGGCUCAGGGGGUCUGACAGCUGGGGGUGGGCAGCUCAAUGCAGUAGGGGACAGUAGGAAGAGGGCUGACAAAAUCAGGGGAGAAGUGGAAAGAGCAGCAAAGGAUAGUGGCUAUAUGUCAAUGCUGCCUGGAGUGGCAUCUCCUCCUGUUUCACUUUCUCUCUCCAUAGAUAUGUCUGAUCCUAAACCUGGGGCAGAUGAUGAGUAUAUGGCCAUGACCCCCAACAACAGUGUGUCCCCACCUCAGCACAUCCGCCAGCCCAGCUCAGAUGGCUACAUGGUCAUGUCUCCCAAUAGCAGCAGCUCCACAGACCUGCAUGGACUGGGGAUGUGGGAUAGCAGGGUCAGCAUGGAAAGCCGGGCUGCCAGUGACUACAUGAACAUCUCACCUGUCAGCAGCCGCUCUGCCUGCAGCACACCACCAUCCCACCCUGAGCAGCACCAACUGCAACCAAAAAUGUUCAACUCCUACUUCUCCCUGCCUCGAGCUUAUCAGCAUACUCUCUAUUCUCGCUUCGAGGAGGGCUUAAACAAAGUGGAAGGAAAAAAAGACAGCAGUGGGCAUGAUAGUGCAGGAAGAGGAGGGGGAGUGGGAUACAGCAAGAGAAACAAAAUUGCAGUGAGCUCUGCAGGAGGCUGCCAACUUUCCAUGUCAUCGUCUUCUUUCUCCUCCAGCUCAGCAAGCAGUGAAAGCCUGGAAGACAAGUCCAUAUCAGCAGGGAGAGGGUUAAGUUUGUUAAGAACUGGGGCAGAGUAUAAGAGUGCAGGAACAUGCACAAAAGAUGGGCGUCACCAUCAAAAACGUGGCUCCAGUAGUAAGAGCCCAAAGCAGCAAAGGAGGGGACGUCCCCUAAGCAUGUCUUCAGACAUUACUAAAGCCAACACCCUGCCCAGGGUGAAGGAAAAUCUGCCACCAUCUGUGUCCCAAAAUGUUGGUGAGUAUGUCAGUAUUGUGUUCAAGGAAGACAGUAAGUAUGAUGGUGGACGAUGUGCAGGGUCUGAACUUGGACAACCUGUUAUCUAUGGAACCCUCCGACCUUUGAAUCAACCACUCCUCUGCCAUGAUAAUCCUGCUAACCUUCCUCGCAGCUUCUCUGCACCAUUGUCCACCUCUGCCGAAUACGUCAGCAUGGAUUUAAGGAAGCCCUCGCCUCCUCUGACUCCUGUUAGGUCCACAUUCAGCACCCCACAGGGCCCACCAGCUGUUGCCCCCAAGCCUCGACGUGAACACAGCACAGCCUCUCCUCUGGCAGCAGAGGACAAUGCCGGGUACAGAACAAAAGUAAAGAUGGUAGCGAUAGCGCCAGAAGUUCCUCCUUCAUUUCCAGAGAACAAAGGUUCAGAUCCCAGCAUUUCAGCCAGAUCUGCCAUCCUCUGUGGUCAACCCUUAUCUGUGGAACAGGAGACAGGUUUGAGUUUUUCCCCAGUCAAGUCCUUCCAGUCUCCUGAGCGGAGUGGCAGACUGGUUCGAGCUGAUCAGCAUGGACGGCGGAGCCACCGCUCAGAUACGUUUAACUCACCUCCUUCUUUACCACACCACCAACCCUCUUCUACCUCCCUCUUCCCAGAGGGCAGUCAGUCUGCGAAUCAUCUGCAUGAUUUGGACUGCUCGCUGUGGGAGAACGGGCAGGCAGCUAGUUUGUCUGCCACACCUCCACCACAAGCCUCCACCUCAUCUGCUGAACAAGGCCUUAACUAUAUUGACCUUGACUUGGCCAUCAAGGAGAACCCUCAAGCCGGUGCAGAGUGUACUUCUGCCGCCUACACCAUUGGAGGAAGUGCUAUGGGUAGUAGUACUGGUUCCAGCCUCAACACUUAUGCCAGUAUUGAUUUCUGUAAGUCAGAAGAACUGAGAGCACACCAGAACAGUAGAAAAGAUGGUCAAGGUAAGUGCUACUGGGACUGCAGACCCAUCACAAAUUAAAAUAUCUAUUAAAAAUGGACCAUUUUGAUUCUAAUAUAUGAGAUCUGACUGAAGUAUAUUUUGUGUUCAGAAAAUAUUCCAAAAGAAAAAAAGUUGGCAAGACUUGGCUAGGAUAUUUAAUAUUUAUUGACAUAGCAAUUGAUAAAAUAUAGUAUAGUAUAAAAAUAUUUCAAAACCACAAUACAAUUGUUUGACUCCGAAAUUAUUUCUUGUAAACACCCACGUGUUGAUAACCAGCUCAAGUGAACUCUGAUUUUUAGGCUUUCUGUUGAAGAGUUACAAUAACAAGAACUGUUUCCAUCUUUGUUUUCUGAAAAUAGCAUAUUUUCUGUAGAGCUGCAGUGUUUAGCUGGUCACUCUAACUUGAUCAGCAGAAAAUAUCUCGGUAGCUGUUUUAAUCAGUUCAUUGUUCAAAUUGCAUUUCAAACUAAAAAGCCAAACAGCUCUCUGGUUUUAGCUUUUUAAAUGUAAUGAUGUGCUGUUUUUCUUUCUCAUAUAUUAAGGUAAUAUGAGUAGCUGGUUUUUGGACUGAUGGUCCGAUAAAACUAGGUACUUAAAGAUGUCACCUGACAUUAUGGUAAAUUGCAAGAGGUGUUUUCAAUGUUUUCUUACAUUUGGACAAUUAAGAAACUAAUUGCAGGAUUAACUGAUAAUGAAAGUAAAAUAAAAAUAAUAACAAUCAUUAGUUGUAGCCCUAAUCUUCUGUAUUUUUUAUUUAUUCAUCAUUGUCAUUGAUGACAGUCACAUUUUAGUCAAAAUGAUGCUGCUCUUAUGCAUCAUUUUGUCAUUAUUGCUGGGACAAUUGGUCCAUUAAUCGAUUAGUUUACCACAGGAAAAUUAAUUAGCAGCAAUUUAAACAAUUGAUUGAUCAUUUCAGCCAUUUUUCAAACCUAGAGGUCAAAAUUAACUGGAUUUAAAGUCUCACAUGCAAAUAUUUGCUCCUCUGUGGUGGUCAACUGAAUGCAUUUGGGUUAUAAACCAGUGGUCUGACAAAACAAGCUGUUUGGUCUUUCUUAACGUUGGCUUUAGAACAUAGACUUUUUUCACUAUCUUCCUGCAUUUUUAAAUGUUUAUUUGAGAAGACACCUGACUUAAUGAUCAGUAAUGGAGAUAGUUGCAGCUUUCAAUGGCACAAAUUUUUAAUAAUGAGUGAAAGGAAUAUUUGAAAAUAGGUGAAAGGAGAAAUUUUACAAUUCUAUUUGGCUGACUGGAGGCAAGAUUUUUAUGUGAUGUGCAUAGUCCACAGACAAAACAUGUCUCCAUCUUAGUCCCUCCUUCUGUUUUCAUUCUUUACUGAUGUGUAACUCUGCUUCAAGUUGGUGGACAGCACUGUUUCCAGGCUGUGGGUUGUCUGUAGAGUCUCUUAUUAUCACAAGUGGGUGUUCUGAGAGCAAAGCCAAUUGAUUUGUCUGCUGGUAAUGAGCCAUUUCACAUAAAUGGAGGGAGCGGGGUCAGAAUAUGAGCCAGGUGUUUUAAGUUUAUGCGUGGGCGUGCUGACGGCUGCAGGACUUCAUAUUCCAGCUCUGAGGUUUCCCCUCACGUUGCACAGAUAACAUUUAUUUAAUGGUUAAUGUUGGUGGCUAGAGUGCAUUUUUGAUGGAUGUACACUGAAGCACAUUAGAGAUCCACUGCUUUUACAUGUGAAGAAAUGAGUAUGUUAAAAUGGAAAUAUACUGGUAAAUAUUAAUCAGGGGGCUGAAUGGAGCUUGUGCAGCUCAUUUAUUUGGACCAGCUACAACAUUUGCAUGAUUGAUUUAUCUAAUGCUAUAUAACCUCUACAUGUACAUGUAUAAGCAUAAUAAUUGCCUGAUUAUUUCCGUUGGGGAUAGUAUGUUUAUGCAUAGCAAGGCGAAGAAGACUCUUUUAAUAUUUGGUAAAUUACUCUUUCAUACAAUUUUCACACUGAAUUUAAUGAUUGAAAUGUGCCUCUUGUCCUGUAAGAUACAGUGUGAUCCCACGUUCAUUAACUGCAGUGAUUUUCUAGCCAUGGAGCUCAAUAUAUGAAGCCUGGAUAUAGGGAGGGUGGUGGCUGUACCGCAGGUAAACAGGCUUGGUUCUCAAAUGUCCAAUCAACAGUCAAAUAAUUUUAUUAAGAGGUUACCACAUUAUUCUACCUGUCCUAAUUUCAUUUUAACCAGAUGUAAGAUUAAAUGUCAAACAAAUGUAAAUUAAAGGUAAAUAUGUUCAUUUGUGCCAUAUGUUUUAAUUGCAGUAUUGUCAUAAGUGCAUUAUGAUCAAAGUGUUUAAAUGUUCGUUUGAAUGCAGCUUAAAAUCUCUUCAAUUAUAAAAAUUACAGUAUUUAUUAGUGAACAGCACUACACAGUUGCCACUUUAUUAUCUGGCACACUUACAGUAGCUACACCUCACUUGAUCCAGC